AUUUACGGCAACGUGUAAAACGGAAACACAUUUCAUGAUUGUUCUCUCAUCGUCUAAUCGUCACCAUGAAUAUUAGAUGUGCUCAGCCAGAAGACUUGAUGAACAUGCAGCACUGUAACCUGCUGUGUUUACCAGAAAACUACCAGAUGAAGUAUUAUUUCUAUCACGGACUCUCAUGGCCACAGCUAUCAUAUGUAGCUGAAGAUGAAGGAGGUAAAAUUGUUGGCUAUGUUCUGGCAAAAAUUGACAGGGAGGAGGAUCCAGAAGACUCAGUGCCACAUGGACACAUCACAUCCUUGGCAGUAAAGAGAUCACACAGAAGACUAGGGCUGGCUAAAAAAUUGAUGGACCAGGCUUCUCGAGCAAUGGUGGAGUGUUUUGAUGCUCAGUAUGUCUCGCUGCAUGUAAGGAAAAGCAACAGAGCCGCCCUUCAUCUAUAUACCAACACAUUAGGUUUCUCAAUUAGUGAAAUAGAGCCCAAGUAUUACGCAGACGGUGAAGAUGCUUAUGCUAUGAGGAAAGACUUGUCUGAGAUUAAGGAACAGCAUGGACUGCGACAGUUACAGCCAGAAUGCAUAACAGCGUCCUGAGGAUUUAGUUUUGUGUUUUAAAAAUAUUGGUGAUAUGUUAUUGUCAAGAUCAACAGAGGAUAAUGCUACAAAACUAGUUAAAAUUGUGUUUAAAUCCCAGAAGUGAGGAAAGCGUAGGAAGGUGUGGUCAGAAAGUUAAGGGUGUAAACAUGAUAGCACGAAAUAUAUGGCAAUAACAAAAACAAGAGAGUGAGAGAGAGAGAGAGAAAUGAGUUACAAAGCAAGAAAGGUAAAUUACAUGACAGAUUAAAAGUUACACUAUGCAUAUGAUGUAUUGAACAAAUAACAGUGGUUACACAUCAUUUUGAAAGUGGUUAUAUUAUAAACAGAACAUGAAGAGAACGAAAAUAUGUUUUGUAGUGUAACAUGAUGUAUUGUUGAAGUUAUAAUUAAAAUAUGAAAACAGAGUGCUUUCUCUUGAAUGAAUGAACUUCUCUCCAACAUUUUUUGAAAAAUUCCUGUCAUUGACAAUUUUUUCCUUGUUUUCUCAAACCACGAUUUCAACUUUUAUUGGAAAAACAAUGUGUUGCAUCUCAUUUCAAAAUUGGUUUUCUUACACUUGUAUUUUGAAAUGGAUAAAGAUUGAAUAGAUAAUACAUAUAUAGGCAACCUUGUGGGCCUACUGAGGUAGCAUAACUAAUUGUAAAGUGUCUGAAGAUUUGAUAUGAAAGUACUUGUGAUUCUACUAAUGCGAAGUAUUUCAUGUUUUGUCAUUUUUCUAUAUUUGUAACAAACACUGCAAAUUUUAACUUAUAUAUGUUUAUAAACUUGAAUUAUAUUAAAUUCUCAUUGUCCAGUAACUAGAAUAAAGGUAGAUAAAAAAACAGGAGCUGUGAAAUACAAACACUUUCAUUUUACUUUCAUUUUCGUCUUCAGAUGUCUUAUAUACAGACAAUUAUGACAUCAUCAAUAAUGUUACACCAAGUCUCUUACUGAUGUCAUGAUGAUACGGGAGAUAAUUACUACUGUGCUAUAUUCUAAGUAAGACUGAAGUAAGGAUAAAAUGUUUUUAUGAAAUAUUUUUUCUUCUCCUUCCUUUCAGUGUGAUUGUUAAGACUUUAUAAAAUAGAAAUAUGUAAAUGUAAAAGUUCUUCUUUCCACUCAAGUCUGAUUAGAUGAUGCCGAAGCACAUCAUAUGCUGUUUGUGUACCUGAACUCGAGUUUGUAGUGUGUAUGCUGUUUGUGUCCCCUGUUGCCAGGAAUUUACAUAGGCAAAACCAGUAACAUGCUCCAAGCUUGAGUCCAGGUACUCAAAUUCAGCAUGAUUUUUUAGCUGAUAAAUUUUUAUAAAUUAUGUUGAAUGAGUUGAGGAAAUUUGAAGAAUACUCGCCAGUGCAGUGAAAUCAGACAUGGUUUUUGUUCUUAUUUAUAAUUUAUAAGUAAAAUCUACAGAUAACAAAAAUGUAGAUAAAAUCUGACAUUGUAUAAUGUGCUUAUGAUCUUUAUGAAUUAAAGGAGAAUAUACCUUG